UGUUGCUCUUGCUCUCCUUUCAACUCUUUAGUGUAAACUGUAAUUGAGCAGUGACAACAGCUGAGGUCCUUGGAGCAGUGCGCCGUCGCCACCGCUCGCCGCCGACGCAGUGCGUCUUUGCCCGCUCGUCAGUGAGCCACUGCCACUGUGCACCACCACCCCUGUAUUUGUGUGCGACUCCUCCUAAGUGACAAUAAUUCAUCGUUCAUCGUUGUGUUCAAGUCUCUUUGGCCACCUAAGCAUCGAGUAACACUAUAAGAAGAGAGAUGAAAGCCCCUUCCUCUCUGUUCCUGAGGGGCCACAUUCCUUGCGCCAAUUCACUCCUCACUACUUACAAAGGAGCACCCAAUGCAACAAAGCAUCCCAUCUUCUACUUCUGUAAGAGCAUCCAAACUAAUUCAUAUGAAAUUGCUAAUGGAAGCUACAAUCCCACUGUACAGCAGACAAAAGAAAAGAGUAUGAUGGAGAAGCAAUCUAAAAAAAUUGAAUCUAUUGGAGCUUUUCAAAAGUUGCCAAUAGUGAUGCCAUCUAUUGACAUUCUUGAGUCAGCCCUAAGAAAGGUGAAGAAGAUUUCUCCAACGAAAGGAAUUGCAAAUAUUGCAAAAAGAGAGAAAAACAAGGGUGCUAAGCAACUUGAUGCAUUAAUGAAAGAACUUGCUGUUCCUUUGAGGACGUAUGUGGAGAACUUUCCUGAUAAAGCAUAUCUUCAUCCUUAUGAAAGGUCUCUUAUUGAGUUGACACUUGGAGACGGAUACUAUGAAAAGGUACUAGGAAAAGUAGAUACAUUAAGGAAGAGGGUAGUCUCUGUUGGAAAGGAACAUGCUUCACUUUGUGCAAAGUCUUCAUCAAAGAGAGAAGCAGAGGAACGAUUGAAUGGGGGUCUUAAGAAAAUUGAAGAGAUCUUUGCUAGUGAACGGAAAGUUGUCGAUGAUUUGUUAGGCAUAGCCAAGACUUUGAGGGCAAUGCCUGUAAUUAAUUUGGAAACACCAACACUAUGCCUUGUUGGAGCUCCUAAUGUUGGCAAAUCUAGUUUGGUUCACGUACUUUCUACUGGCAAGCCCGAGAUUUGUAAUUAUCCGUUUACAACAAGAGUUAUUCUUAUGGGUCAUAUUGUCUUAAACUACCAGAAGUUUCAGGUAACAGAUACUCCAGGCCUGCUGAAGAGACAAGAUGAGGACAGGAAUAAUUUAGAGAAGUUGACUCUUGCUGUCCUUUCACAUCUUCCAACAGCAGUUUUAUAUGUUCAUGACCUUUCUGGGGAGUGUGGCACUUCACCAUCUGAUCAGUUUUCAAUAUACAAAGAGAUCAAAGAAAGGUUUAGUGGACAUUUGUGGCUUGAUGUUGUAUCCAAAUUUGAUCUGUUGAAGUCAUCACCUGUGGUCUAUGCAACAGAAAAGCCAUCUCCCACAGAAUUUGAUCUGGAGAAGUACCGGAAAUCAGGUCCUGAUGCAGCUAUUCAUGUAUCUGUCAAAACACAAGAAGGACUAAAUGAGCUGAAGAAAAAAGUGCAUGAGCUGCUUAGCCUGCAGAUGGCGAAGAUAAAAGAUACGAUGGAACAACCAAGAGAAGUGAAAGGUACCACUAGCGUAACACCAAAUUUGUGAAGAAAUUCGCAGCUAAAAUAGAGGAAGUUGAAGUCUUCAUAAAGCCUGUAAAUCUUUGUAAAAUAUGUUAGGCACCAUCUAUGCCGCACCUCCAUACUCGAAAACCAGCAAAAGCUUCAUUACAGGCUCCUCUAAGCAAUUAAGCACCACAGAAUUGAUUGAGCGUAGCAACAAGAGCUGAAUCUUAAGUGCUUAUGUACCUUGGCAUCUUUGAGAUCUUUAUUGUUACAUUCACAUUGGAGAUACAAUGAAAGCUUGUUUGUUUGUCGCCUUUGAACUUUCAAUCAAUUUGGCCACGGCAUGUAACUUUUGUUAUCAUUUCGUUGUAACCUUGAUGAGCUCAAAACUCAAAUCUUGUCAGAAAUAAUGAUAAAAUUGGUUUGACAAAACACUGAUAAUUUAUUUUCCA